GGAACUGCUUUAGCUUGGUGCGCGCGCAGCUGGACGUGAGGCGGCUGGUGGUCUCCGUCGUCGUCGAUUUCUAGUUCCCUGAAGCAGCCGUUUAACCCCAACCCUGGACCCUUCAGAUCUUAAGCCCACCCCGCUCCGGGUGCCCCGGACCUUAGGGUUCAGGAGAGGUGAGCCAGAAUUCAGCCGGCUUUACCAUGGGGGCUACCGAUCACCGCAACGGCCGUUCCCCAUGAUUGAUGAGAGUGAUAAUAUCAGCGAGGAGCUCUUGAUCGCUGACAUUCAGAAACUGAAGGAGAAGGAGGACAUGCUGGACAAGGAGAUCGCCCAGAUAAUAGCAGAGGGCUACCGUGUGAUUGAAUUGGAGCAGCAUAUCUCCCUCCUCCAUGAAUACAAUGACGUCAAGGACGUAUCACAGAUGCUGCUGGGCAAGCUGGCCGUGACUCGGGGCGUUACCACCAAGGAGUUAUAUCGAGAUUUUGAUCUAAACCUGAAUGACUGAGCAGCUUCUUGCAGAUUUUCAUCUACAACCCACAGGGACAGGAGGAUGGGGCCAUAAAAGGCAGAGUCCUGACAGCAUAUUCAUGUGGUUUUCAGAUGUAAAAACUGCUAGAAGCCCCCCAAAGUUUGGGGUGGGUCCUAGAGAAGAGGGGUAUUGGGAGGGGUGGGUAUUGUCAGUGUUAAGGUUCCUAAAUAUACUUGUGAGUAGAUAUGUGUAGUUGUUCCUUCUGUUAAUAAAAAUGUGCAGUCUCUA